AUGAACUGUUCUCGGCACGACCCACUUCCUUGUCUGCAUGUGUCUGCGCAUCUAUCUAUCUAUCUAUCUAUCUAUCUAUCUAUCUAUCUAUCUAUCUAUCUAUCUAUCUAUCUAUCUAUCUAUCUUCAAGGCGCCCAUUCGCCUCUGUUCACUUUCCAAUUAGCGGACCAUUACCGCACAGCCUUUCUUCCUGCCAUAUUUUAUAAGUGGCCACCCAGUCGCAACUUUCCUCUGCACCAUUCUCUUUUGGUAGUUGACUCCAUCGGACAAUACGUGAAAAAGCAGUCAGCGUUAUCUUCACACGCUCACAAAUGUAAUGUGUGUGUUAUUGAUGUGCGGAUAUAUAGAGAUCCAUAUCUAUCUAUCUAUCUAUCUAUCUAUCUAUCUAUCUAUCUAUCUAUCUAUCUAUCACAUUCUGUUUAUACCUUUCUAUCUCAGUCUGUUUCUAUCUAUCUAUCUAUCUAUCUAUCUAUCUAUCUAUCUAUCUAUCUAUCACAUUCUGUUUAUACCUUUCUAUCUCAGUCUGUUUCUAUCUAUCUAUCUAUGUAUCUAUCUAUCUAUCUAUCUAUCUAUCACAUUCUGUUUCUAUCUCAGUCCUCAUCUAUCUAUCUAUCACAUUCUGUUUAUCUUUCUCAGUCUAUCUAUCUAUCUAUCUAUCUAUCUAUCUAUCUAUUCUCUUGA